UUACUAACGGUUCUAAGACCGUCGCAACCCUUCACUCCAACGACAACAACAAUAACAGUUCCCAGCUUCCCUGAUUAUAAAAAUAGUCACCAAUGCCUGUGUCUGAGGUCCACGUGCAGGCUGAAGCCUGAUAUACCAGCCACUGUAGAACAAGGCUAUGACGGCAGCCUGUAUACGAUUUUUUUAAUUGUAGUCCUUUUGUAUAGUCCCCGCCUUCACUCAUUUGCAAAAAUUACAAAAUAACGAGGUGGAUAAGGUAGUGAUGGAGGUGAGAGUGUGUAUGGUGGCACUGGUGGCACUGGUGCAGGUGGCCUCCUGUGGCAGGAACAUCGAGGAAGAGGAUUAUGGCGUCAAAUUUGCUACCGACUGUGAAGUGUGUAAACUGGUGGCUAAGGAGGUUGGUGAGAGACUGGAAGCUAAAGACUCAUCUGGGGUUAUAGAAACAGGAUAUAAUAUAGACGCCAAGAAAAAGAAAACAAAAUAUAACAAAUCAGAGCUGAGGCUGGUGGAAACGUUAGAGGAGGUGUGCGAAGGUAUGCUCGAUUACCGGGUUCACAAGGAGCGGAAAGAUUCCACUCGUUGGGCCAAGAAGAUGAGUCAAACCUUCCAGACACUUCACAGUCUUGUAAACAAGGGUGUGAAAGUUGACCUUGGAAUUCCUCAGGAGCUAUGGGAUGAACCUUCAGCAGAAGUAGCGCAUUUGAAGACUCAGUGUGAGGGUUUCAUUGAGGAUUACGAGGAAGACAUUAGUGAUUGGUAUUUUGGAGAUCAAGAGACCAGUCUUCAAGAAGCUGUUUGUUUGAAAAUUCUUGAAGAAAGGAAUUGUCUCUCUCAGCCCUUUGGGGAAGACAUUGACAGCAAUUCCAGUGAAGGCCACAAAGAGACAAAAAGAAAUGACAAAAGGAAGAAAGGAGACUCUGAGAAAACGAGAAAAUCUGAAUUAUAAUGCAAUUGUUUGUACUAGCAAUCAUUUUUUAGGGUUUGGUCAUAGGGUUUUCAGCUUAGUGCAUGGGGUAAUAAGAUUUUAUAAUGCCACACUUACAUUAAUUUAGUUAGCCAUGUAGCUCAUGAUGUAUUUUUCCAGCUUAUUGGAAAUGGCAUCAUAUUACCAGAUACCCAUUACUGUGUAAUUUCACAUUCCAUUUUGAUUACCUCACUUUGUUUCCAUGACAUCUUACUUUUAAUCAUAAGUUUAAUAUUUUCUGGAUCAGUCUCACCAGCUGGUUUUAACCCUUUGACUGUUUCAGGCCCCUCUCUGAAACUGUCAUUCUAUGUCGCUCAAUUUUUGAAAAAAAAAAAUUAUUUUUUCUUAUGAAAUGAUAGAGAAUCUUUUCCCGAUGGUAAUGACACCAAAAGUUCGAAAUUUGGUCGAAAACUCGUGGAAUUAUGCUCCCGCGAAGUUAGCGGUCUCGGCGACAUAUGCGUAUCGGCGAUUUCGCCGACUUUGAGCCCAAUUUUCAGCCAAUUCCAUUGUUCCAGUUGACCAAACUCAUAGCUAUUUCUUUAGAACUCCAUUUUAUCUAUCAGCUGAGUACAAGAAACCUCCCAUUUACUAAUUUGGACUACCCAAUAUGGUGGUCAGAAAUUGGCAAUUUGGCCAAUUUCACGCAAAAUAAAAAAGAUGCCAAUUUCAAAAUAGGGUCCAGAAUAAACAAGGUAGACAUUCGUGGCACUAAAAUAACAUAUGCUCUGUUCAUUAGUCACAUCUCUAGGCCCCUCUUAUAUUAUUAUUGCUUUCUAUUUUGAUUUUUUAUUCAUACAAAAAAAUACAAAAUUUACUGUUAUGCAGACGACUGCAUUAUUGUAAAAAUGGUAUAAAUAAUAUCAGUGCACUAGUGAAAGAAUAUUAGACUCCCCAGUUGACGUGUAUUUGACGUGUGGUGUGAUUUAUUUACUCUUGAACAUUGGUAAAAAUCGAACAUUUCUGCUACUUUGAGCUCAGUUUCAAGGUCGUUUUCAUCAUAAAAGUAAUGAAAAUCAUCUCUAUUUCUGUAAUAUGUUUUCCAUUUUAUCACCUAAGACCAUGAAAACGCGAAUACAACGAUAAAUACUAUACGAAAAUAUACCUCAAAGUCGGCGUUUUAUUCCAAAAAAACGAUCAGAGUUUUUUUUUUUCUCAUUACGCAAUGUGUGCUGCAGGAUUUUUUUUAUGUGGUGCACACUGACCACACAGACCCAUUCUCUCACAUGUGGGCCUACCAGCUUUCUCCCACUUGAUUUGAAGCCGCUAGAAUUAUUGAGUAUAUAUACGUCAGAAACAUUGGCUCGUAAGACGUAUUUAUACGUCGAAAACAGUCAAAGGGUUAAAUAUACAGUAUUACUAGUUCAUUUUACUGUACACUGUUUUUAAUGCUCUGAUAUAUAAUACACACAUUACUACAUUUAUUUGUCUCACUCCCUUCUCUAAUACUCUCUCUCACCCUCUCUCAUAAAUGUGACAGUCUGACACAAUACUCUUUUUGCAUUAUUAUUAAUAACUUAAUAUUUUUUAGCUGGGUGUCUAGUAUACUGUACAUUGAAUUGCCACCUCCAUCCAAUUUUUACAUGCUAAUUUGAAUUCAUCCUUUAAGUAAUUUUAAACUGUUUCUUGGUACAGUAUUGAUACUGUAUUAUUAUACUAAUGGGAAAGUACUAAACCUACAAGUUCAUACAGUGCCUGGAAAAUGAGGUAAUCAGAUUUGAUCC